CUUGACCCAGCAACAGCAUGCCAGCUCCUUUCCGCCAUGGACGAUCUUGUCCUCGCGCUUGCUUUGCCGUGCUGCCGCUUCUACAAUCCCUGACAUUACACCUCCCCCGUACCGCCGUUAGUGCCUAGCGUUUUUCCUGUAGCAUUUCGUGUUGUGGGUACUACUGAAGGCGCCGAGGUACCUCGCUUGCUCCGUUAGAGGAUGACGCCCGAUUGACUCUACCUUCCCCGUCUCCGUAAUGCAGGCUCUUUAAUCACGCCAUCUCUUCACAAUACCGUUAGCUAGGUCCACUAUUAAGUACAGUUAGUUCCCUUUUUGUUCUUUCUUUAUCUAUUGCUACCCUACAAUCUCGAUCGCCUCUCGCGUUAGUCGCCAAUGGAAGCCACCAGAAGCAGCAGCAAGCUCUUCAAUAGAUAGCGCCUAGCGCCAGGGACUCAGCUCGCUCCGCCUGGCGCCGCUGCUCCGGCUUACUCACGACCGAGCGUCCACAGAUGGGAGACGACAUGGCCGCUCCGCCCACGCCGAGGCUCGCGGGAGGCUCGCCGCGGAUCCUCGUGGCCGUCGACGAGUCGGACGGCGCCGAGGCGGCCUUCCGCUACGCGCUCACCCUGCUGCGGCGCAACGACAACAUCUAUGUGCUGCACGUGCUGGACCCCACCACGGUGUCAGCGUGGCGGGCAGACGCCCAGCAAGGCGGGGCAGGCAGCAGCAGCGAGGUGGAGGCAGCGAUGGACGCGAGAGUGGAUGCUCUGCUCAACCGGUACCGCAAGCUGGCGCAUGUUAGUGGGGUCAUCUGCCACGGGGUGUCGCGCAAAGCCAGCGAUCGGCGGCAGGAGGUUUGCCAGGCGGUGGUGCGGCAGGACAUAGAGCUGCUGGUCGUGGGGACCAGGCAGCUCAGUGCCGUGGCGAGAGCCAUCAAGGGCAGUGUGAGCGACUACCUCCUGCACAACUGCUCCUGCCCGGUGCUCGUGGUGCCCUGGGAGCACAUGCUCAAGUUUAAGAGCCUCUCCUCCUUCAAAUCCCGCUAGCCUCUCGCUUGGUUUCAAGACAAUCCAUACACUCGCCUUCCGUAUGUGGCACUACCCCCUCGUCCUCUCAGCUGCUCCUGCCCGGUGCUCGUUGUGCCCUGGGAGCACACGCUCAAGUUCAAAAGCCUCUCCUCCUUCAAGUCCCGAUGACCUCGUACGAUUCUCGCCUGAUAUGCGGCACUGCCCCCUCAUCCUCUCAACGGUUCCUGCCCUUUCCCUGUGGUCCUAUUGGUGCCCUGGCCUGGCCCGUGGGAACACAUGCUCAAAGUCAAGAGCCUCUCCUCCAAGUCCUACUAGCCUGCCUUCACUCCCAGCAUACUCGUCAAAAGCUCAUUACUCCUCCCAGAAUGUGCUGCAGCCAGCACAUGUUAGAUUACGAGAAUGAUGACUAGAAAGAGAAACAGGGAACAUAUAGCAGUUGGGUUGUACUCACUACGAGCACACACCGAUACUAGCCUAUAACUUCUACAUGCGUGCCAUGUAUAAGUUGACACACCCCCUAGGCUAGAGAAGGGGUGGUGCAAGCAAGAAGCACACAGCUCAGGGCGGCACUACUAGUAAUUGUGAUGAUACAUCCUGAGAAAAUCUUUCCGACGCAACAAGAAUCGCUUCAAUCAGAGCAAGAACGCGAAAGCUAUGAAGAUUCAAAGUUCAUGAGCUUGCGUUACAAUUGCGGCGGUUACAAAGUGAAGUUGUGGGGUGACUCUAUAUGAAGUUGGGACCUUUGGGGUUGGGGAAAUUCGUCACUCUACUGUAGCAGCUGCAAAUUGGUUGGGAACAACCAAGCUAGGUUGGCAAGGGUGGCCAACUUGGAUGGAUUGGUUGGGAAGGGACAAAUGUCAAAGUUGGGAUUCCUAUAGGG